ACAAGUAGUUUCAGAAAUGAGAAUACCGUUUUUAGUACUAGCGAUAUCAGUUGCCUUAAUAUGGGGUGAGCGCGUACGCUUUGAUAACUACCGAGUUUAUGAUGUGACCGUUGCGAAUGAGAAACAGCUACAGAUUUUGCAACAUUUGGAGCAAUUCUCUGAUGGGUAUACUUUCUGGGAUUCUCCGGUACAAACGGGUAUGAAAGUGAGCAUAAUGGUUCCUCCGCAUAAAAUAGAAGAUUUUUACGAAUUGUCAUCGCGACUAGAUAUGAAGACUGUUUUGAAGAUAGAAAAUGUCCAGCAGUUAAUCGACACUGAACGACCUGCUCGAAGGAAGAUUGAAGGGUUCAAUUGGGACGACUACCACACGCUGGACGAAAUUUACGACUGGAUUGAUGGGUUGGUUGAAGAGUACGGGAGUAUCCUAUCUGUGGAGCUAAUUGGACACUCCUAUGAAGGUCGAGAAAUUAAAGCGGUAAAGUUGUCCAAGAAGGAGGGCAAUCCGGGUAUAUUCAUUGAGUCAACCAUCCAUGCCCGUGAAUGGAUUACUUCUGCAACGACCACGUGGAUUUUGAAUGAACUGUUGACUUCGACGGAUCCGGCGGUUCAGGAGAUUGCUCAGAACUACGAUUGGUAUAUUUUACCUGUUGUUAAUCCUGACGGAUUCCACUACACCAAAGAAACGAAUCGAAUGUGGAGAAAAACGAGGUACCCUCACAGUAUUUUGUGCUAUGGUGUUGAUAUGAACCGGAACUUCCCACACCAUUGGAUGGAUGGUGGAUCUUCUGCCAAUCCGUGCACGGAUACGUAUGCUGGCCCAGAACCAGCAUCGGAGAUCGAAACGAAACACCUCAUGGACUAUUUCACUGAUAAUAAGGAGAACAUUCAUUUCUAUCUCUCAUUCCAUUCAUACAGUCAGCUCAUAUUACUGCCCUAUGGUUAUCAAAAUGCCGAAAAAGUCGAUCGCUUUUAUGACUGGAUGGACAUGGCUGAAGCAGCUGCUAUAGCACUGUCUGAGCGAUAUGGAACCCUGUACAAGUUUGGAAAUACGGCCGAUGUGUUAUAUAUUGCAUCCGGGUCAUCGCGGGAUUGGGCACUUGGAUUCCAUGAUGUUCCAAUCGCAGCCUCUUACGAAUUCCGAGACACAGGCAACUAUGGAUUCCUACUUCCCGCUGAACAGAUCAUUCCAAACUCCGAGGAAGUGCUGGAUUCAUUGGUAGCAUUUUUGGCCAAGGCACGGGAACUUAACUAUUUCGAAGUUUAAAUAAAACCAUUUUCUAUAAAUUA